UAUAUUAUUUAUUAGGGCACUUUGGUGAAUUUUAAAACCCAUCACUAGGGUUUUGUAAUCCUUUUCGCGGAAAGCAACUCUGUCUCCUCUCGCUCUCUCACCCUUUGCUCAGAGAUGGCCAAGUCGAAGAAUCACACGGCGCACAAUCAGUCUGCCAAGGCGCAUAAGAACGGAAUCAAGAAGCCAAGGAGGCACCGUCACACCCCCACCAGAGGAAUGGAUCCAAAGUUCCUGAGGAACCAGAGGUAUGCGAGGAAGCACAACGUCAAGAGCGGCGAGAAUGCUAGCGUUGAAGAAUAGAUCUUUUGAUCGUCUUCUGAUUGACAUUCAGCGGAGUUUUCUAUUACUCCGCUGAAUGUGUUUAUCUUCCUAAGUACUCUAUCCUUAACAAUUGUAAGGUUUCCACUAUUAUUAUUAAUGAAAACCGGUAUCUAAANAAAAAAAAAAAAAAAAAAAAAAAAGAUAUUUUGAGGUUCUUAUGAAAUUUAUGACUUUUUUCUUCUUAAGACAAAGGAACCAAUGUAAUAUCAGAGAUUGUUCAUUUCAGAUUCUCUUAUCUUGCGAGUUA